AUGGCAUUUCAGCGUUUGUCUUGGAUCAGCACUCUUCUCUGCAUUGCGCAGGUCAGCUCAAUGCCCACUAAAUGCCAGCUUCAGCGGACGCUCGUGGCAAAAACACACAACCUGCUGGAGACCAUGACUGGUCCAUUUCCUUUACAAUGUUUGGAUGACAGUCCAGUUGAAAUAAGAUCUCCCACAUGGGCUCUGCUGUCCAGCAAUUCCAAACAGGAUGUGGGGGCCGCAAAGGCUGUUUAUAAGACCCUGAUGAAGGUGAGCUCUCUGAUGGAGAACGACGGUUUUCCACAGUCCUGGGACGCUGAUAAGCUUGUAAAGUUUCAGAUCAUCGUGGACCGACAGGUCGAGGAGAGCAAAUGUUGUGUUAAACGUAGAUUUGAUUUGUUGUUGCAGAUUAUGAGCAUCAAAACACAAAAGGAAGAAGAUGAUUUUCCUGCGAGAGACGCUGCACUUACAGACUAUUUUGAGAAACUCGAGAAACUUUUAAAAGAAAAGGAGUUCAGUGUGUGCGGGUGGGAAGUGGUUCGCAGGGAGUUGCUGUCUAUUCUGCAGUUCAUUCUGGUGGAGAACUCAAACAAUUUUUGGUUAACAGUCUAA